GCAAAUUUGUCUAUAGUUCAUGUGUUUAUUUUCGUCUGUUUUUUUUUUUUUUUUGUUCAACGUCUACCAGUUUUUCCUCUCGUAUCCGAAAGCCACGUUUCGGUUUUACGAGCUUUGCACAACAUGCCGAAGUAAUGCGGAGCCUCUGCUCGGCAUCUGUUCGGUUGGUUGGAUCGGAAAUCCGAAGCUUUUAGUGCAUCGCCCGAUGUUUUUGCCAUCCAAUAGCCGUUUGCUCGUCUGCUGUCGUUUAGCCGUAAGGACUUUUUAGGAUACACGUUGAAUUCGUUUCCACGCACGAAUCAGUUUCACUUGUACCGCUGCAGAAAUGCUACACAGUUUUGCCCAAAAUUGUUCGUAUAUAGUUGUAUAUUGUACCGCAGUGAAGUGUAGAUGUGAAAAAAUUGAGAUUUCCGGGAAUUGUAUAGAAGUGUAUAGUGAUAGUGCAAAUACUAAUAAAACGCACGCAAUAAAGCAUUGGAAAUAAAUGCAAAGGCGCAAUAAGGCAUUUGUGUGUCAAAAAAUUUAGCCGAAUAAUGUCUUCUAUCAGUAAUGCAACAAUCAACCAAUUGUACCACGACUGUUGUUGCCAAUUAAAAAAAAUACUCACAAAAAAUCAGAAGCGAAAAAAGUGAACCUUUAUGUUAAUAGUUAUUUACUGUGAUUAUAUAACAAUUACCAACUGUAACGGUCAUAAUUGGUGUCAACAAUAUCGAAUAAAAAGUUUAGAUGUAUAAGUGGAAAAACGAGUCGAAAACGAAAACCUGAUGAUUUAGCGAGUGUUAGUGAUAAAAAAUCGACAAUUACUGUAAUGCAACAAUAUGAACUAUUCAAGGCAUACUUGAUACAUGUUCAUUAGAUACGGUUUUGGAUAAGCACAAAGAUUUUCGUUUGUGGUAUUGUGUUGACGGGAUAGCUGAAAAAAAUUGAAAACUCUGGAAUUUAAAUAUGUGCCACACAUAGUUAUUGAACACGCGGUAAAUCACAAUAACUAGUGAUAAGUCUUUCAAAUAUAUUAUGGAAAGUUUUUUUUUACAAAACUAGCAAUUCUAGUGUAAUCGUAUGCAACGAGAGCUUAUAACCAAAUUUUUCUCGGUCUAGUGAAUCGCACAUCGAAAGAAAUAGGAACAAAAGUUUCAUUAUCUACGAACUGAAAUAUGUCGGUUGAACUUAAAUCGUUCGGUUAUUUACUCUACCAAAGUUAGGUCGGCUCGUAUGGUGUGAAACACGUUUUUAUAUAGUGUUGUUAAGUAUUGUGUGAUACAACGAAGUGAAUCACGCUUCAAUAAUGCAACUAAAGUUCUUCAUCAGCACGACAUUGCUUAUUGCUUUAUUGCUGCAGGUCAAUGAUGUACGCCCAUUUCAACCGGACUUUGCUGAACCGAUUGUAAACAACUCCAUUGCAAUCGGAAGAGAUGCAACCUUCACCUGCCAUGUUCGGCAUUUAGGCGGAUAUCGGGUUGGUUGGUUGAAAGCAGACACUAAAGCUAUUCAGGCAAUACACGAACACGUCAUUACGCACAACUCAAGAGUUACGGUUUCACACGCUGACCAAAAUACUUGGAACCUGCACAUCAAAUCAGUUACCGAAGAGGAUCGAGGGGGUUACAUGUGCCAACUAAAUACAGAUCCAAUGAAGAGUCAGAUUGGAUAUCUAGAUGUAGUUAUUCCACCAGAUUUCAUCUCAGAAGAUACCUCAUCAGAUGUUAUUGUUCCAGAAGGAAGUUCAGUGAAACUCACAUGCAGAGCAAAAGGUUAUCCGGAGCCUAUUGUCACAUGGCGGCGUGAAGAUGGCACUGAUAUCAUUCUCAAAGAUGCCACCGGGUCGAAGCAGCUUGUUACAUCGUACCGAGGGGAAGUCUUGAAGCUGACAAAAAUUUCGCGAAGUGAGAUGGGCUCGUAUCUAUGUAUAGCAUCGAAUGGCGUACCUCCUUCAGUAUCUAAACGAAUAUCGUUGAGUAUACACUUUCACCCGGUGAUACAAGUUCCAAAUCAACUAGUUGGAGCACCACUUGGUACGGACGUAACAAUUGAGUGUCAGAUAGAAGCAUCGCCAAAAUCAAUCAACUACUGGGUGAAGGACACUGGAGAAAUGAUAGUUUCGUCACCUAAAUACCAAGUACAAGACGCAACCAAAUCACUGUACGAAGCAAAGAUGUCCCUGACAGUACGCUCGUUUCAAAAAGAAGAUGUUGGCUCCUACCGGUGCAUUGCUAAAAAUUCACUAGGAGAAGUAGAUAGCAGUAUUCGGCUGUACGAAAUUCCCGGACGAAGUCGAAAAAUAUACACACCCAAGCUCAACCAAAACGAAGUAACCAAGGAUAGCAACAAGCAGAGUAAGGUGAAAAUGUCCUUUCCUACAGAUGAUGAAGAACAGCAAUAUGGUUCAGCAGAGGAUCUGGAUGAUCUGUUGGACUCGUCAGUCGGUAGCAACGCAAACCUAAAUCAACAUGGCAGGAUAGGAUCUUUUAAAAAUGUUGGUUUGUCUCGAAGUCCUCAUGAUCACCCAAACAGCGUGAACGGAUUUAGCGUCAAUGGAGGAUCAGCUGGGCUGAAUGCACACGGGAACAAGCAUAUUCCUUCUUUAGACAUCGCUACACGCAAACCAUUCGCAAUUCCAACAGUGCGUACUGGGGUAGAUGGACCUGACGGUAAUCACGGACCUUCGUACAGCAAUUCCAACGCUGCCAAACUGAACAUCUCAUUCGGUUCUUCUUUGAUUAUUACACUUCUAUUGCUCCAUCUGAAUACGCUUGAACUACAUUAACGUCUAAAGAAUGCUAUGCAAUAAAAAUAUGUAUAUACAGUGAAAUUAAUUAUUAACACGAGAUAAAGGAGAGCCUAGAAUAUGAAAAUUCUUGGAAUAUUCGUAUUUCUAAACUUCUUAGUUUAGUAAUUGGUUAAUUAUAAAAUCCACAUUUCUGACACUAAUACUAAUGAAAACAUUACGUUGCUACACAUCAAUCAUGAGCAACCAAUUCCAUUUUAGUAUUUGAUGAAAAAAUGCAUGUAAUAUUAAUAUUUCCAUUGCAAUUAUGAAACCAUUUUCGUUGAUUUGGUUUAAAUUCAUACCAGCGACUACCGCAAAAGAAUUCAAAUGAAUAUAUACUUCAACAAUGCAGUAUUUUACAACACGCGUAAACUGUGCCCAAUAGUAUUAUCAUUGUCCAGUUUUAUUUCCCACGUCAUAGAUAUAUGUCUAAUUUCUACAUGAUUUUAAUUUCGACUUAUAAUAUAGCAGAUAUGAGACACUCUGUAUCAUUGAAUUGCUUUCCAAAUUUGAUGAAUUCUUGACAAAUUUGGAUGAGUAAUUAUUAUUUCGUGUCGUUUAUUCCUGGUAGGCUUUUAAUAUGAAACAAUACCAUGAACUUUUAAUGGUCAACGUGAAACAUUUUUUUUACUUUGAAGUAUUAUAGAAAACCUGGAAAAGUAAAUAGUACAACGGAAAAAAACCAUUACAGGUCUGUGCAUUUUCCUACAUUUGUUUUACAUUUGCAUCUGCUUAGAAGUAACAUUAAUUUUUGAUGUAGGUUUAUUUUACCGAGCAUUGUAUCAGAUUACAAAGGUUUUUUCGCACUGAAACACGUGUCAAUUACAGCUUACAUGCAUGACGCGGUAAGAAUAAGAAACAAAACUUAUUAAUUACGUUUAAAAAUACUUUGUCAUUUGGCAAAAUCAAAUGUUAUUUAUUUGCUAAUCGAUUAAAGAAGACACAAACCUUUGAGAUUUUUUAUUGAAAUUUCACGAAUUUCCUAUCAAGAAUUGAUUGAUAACAGACCUUCAGGUGUAAUUGGUUGUUGUUUUUUAUGAAAGUGCAUUAUUUGUUUUUUUUUUUCAAACUAUAAUUAUUAGUUGAAUAUUUUUCUGCAAUCUUGUUUUGAUUCUCUUUAUUGAAAAGUCAGUCCUGAAUACGACGAGACGAUCCGAACAGGUUAUGAUAUCUGAUUUUGCCGUGCGAAGAUUGGCGCCCCUACCAUCUACGACACCGGACUCUUGGUCUCAACUGAACUGAACUCCGCUUAAUCAUGAUGCAGCUGAGAAUUUUCGUCAUGUUUUCAAAGGUCAAAGGAUGAUCAAAGGUCAUGUUUUUGAAUCGUGAGUAUCAAGACUAAUAAUUAUAUCUACUUGAACAUCUCUAACCAGCGUGACAGGUUUUUUGAGUGGAGAAGUUUCCAGAGAAGAUGAACAAAUAAAUUAAUGCAAGCAUCAUUAGUAUACGAGCAAAUAUUUCAGCUGCAUCCAGCAGACAACCUAGCAAAGAUCAGAAUCCAUUAAUUCCACGAGGUGUGUUUGGAUGGAAGCGGGUCUAUCUAUACCACGCCAUCUAGUUGGAUCUUAUGUAAGGCUGUAUACAAGAUGGUUCUUCUUAUUGGCCUGCUCAAGGUGGAGCACGUCUGUAAUAUAUGUCCAAGUCGCCAAUCCUUUUCCAGGUCUAGGGCUACAUCCCAUUUCUUACAGGAUAGACCACACUUACUCUAGUCAACGAGAUCGCUAUGUUCCUAUACGCCUCGUGUCGAACGAACGGUCAUGAGACCAUAAACCAGGAAUCAUAUCACGUGUCCCAAUCAUCGUAUACCGCUGGCUAUGAGCAGUGGUUGGAUAUUUGUACCGCUUGUAACAGCUCACCUAGAUCAACGUUCAUUUUCAUUCUCCACAAGCCAUGCACACAUACUCCGCCAAAGAAAGUUCAUAACACCCGCCGAUCAAAAAUGGCGAGUGCAUUGACGUCUUUUGGCAGCAUAGUUCAAGACUUGUGCCCGUCGAGGACUAUCGGACGUACCAGUAUGCGAUGUAUCGAGCAUUUUGUGUGUUGUUGGAGUCUUCUGGAUAACAGGAGAUUAUGGUGUACUUACUUAUCAGUCACUACAACUACUUUUUGAUCGAGGCUUGCUGCAGUCCUAGAUGCUACUAGCGCGAUUGUCUACAGUUCAAAAUAAGGGUGGUCUGCCUUACUGGUGAACGCAUCAACGCUAUCACUCUAGCUCAGUAUUGGCCUCCUACGACUCCUCUUUCACAACAGAAGGUACAGCAGCCGCUAACUUUAAAAGAGCCAAAGAUUGAAAAAAAAAUGAGAGAUUAAAAAAGAGUCAAAGACAAUUCGAGGCGGGACAAUACGGUAAAUAAAACAAAUCAAGGCGAUCAGGUAGCCGAGGCAAUAGCGGUGCAGGUCUUCAUACGGUACGGUAGGACGGUAGGGCCGGGAUCCAGACCACCUAUUAAGGGCUAACUGCGAGUAAAAUCAAGUCAAGGAAUUCCAGAAAUGUCAGACCGAGACCUUUUGAGGCUGAAGUGCCUUAAAAAAAGAGCAAGUCCUCCAAUAGAUUUCAUGUUUGAAUUAUGGCGUUUUAAUCUUUAUUUAAACAUGUUGAAAAGCUCUAUUUCUAAGAAUGCCCUUUAAAACCACAAUGAGCAAUAUCGGCAAAGAAAUUCAUCUUUUAUUCAUUCAGAAACGGCCAUGUCGUUUAUUUAUAAUAUCAUCAAAUAAUUGGGCGUAAUUAUGAAAACAGAGUAUUGCCAGCAGAAUUCAACUAGUUUUUUUUAUAGAAUAUUUUAAUGAUAUCCUUUUCGCUUAUUCACUAACAAUAAAUUCUCUAAAAUGCUACAAAUUGCCAUCAUUAUAUGUUAUUUCUUAUGUACACGUAUAACAAUCCAAGAAUCAAUAUUGAAAUAUAUUGGAUGAUAACACCAGAAAGUUUAUCCAAUAAAGAUGGUUAUUGAAUACUGUCGUAUCUCGUAAGAAUAUAACUUUAUAAAACAAAAAAUAGAAAGAGGAUUACGUUAAUUCAUAACAACAUUUUUCAAUUCACACGUAAACAACGUACACAUCAGUAUAAGUGUCAAACUCUAUCAAUUAUUUCAGUGAUUAGGGAAACGAUUGAAAAUUUGCAAAUUAAUCUCAUUAAAUUUGAAGUUUGUUUUGCAUUCAGCUAUUACGACUGACAAUUUUUGUGUAAACUCUUGUACAACACCUGAAACAAUGCUUUUAGGGAUCAUUUAUAAUGUACUAAAAGUGACUCGGUAUUUGGUAUGUAUCAUAAUAUCUUCCUUAUAUAAAUAUAAAGAUAUAAUCGAUGCCAAUGCGGAUUUAUUUUAAAUCCCCCCAACAUUUACCGCUCACAAGAUUUUAUAGAUAUUAAAAAAAAACGCUGGGCACAAACGUAUGAAUCACAAAAUUAAAGUAGAAAAUCUUAUAAAAUUGUUGGAACUUCAGUUGUAUGGUAGUUUCAUUGACCUAAUGUUAUUUGUAUUGCUUACUAUUAUCCAAUAUAUCAGCUAAAAGGAUAAGCUAAACUUAAAAAGAGGGUAUUGAGUUAAUUUACCGGUGUCAAAUAGUUAGUCUAUACACGGAAGAGUUAGGUGAUGAAAUCACCAUGCGCAACAUGAGCUCAAUAUAACAUAUUUUAAUAAGAGCAUAUUGUAAUCUAGAGGAAAAUAGCAUAAAGCAUACACAUCAUAACAUGAGAGCUAUGUGUUUAGUUUAUAUGUUCUAUUCGUAAAAGAUUUUAAUUGCGAUCAUCACAGUUCAUUGUAUACAUUGUAUUUAAAGGCUAUCCAAGGCAUAUUUUUCUACACGAGCUUCAACUUCAAUCGGCAUUAGUAUAUAAAGCAAGUAUGUCAGACAUUCAUUCUGUGGAUAAUUUAAGAAAAUGAUCGAUGAGCACAUUGGUAACACUGUUUUAUUUGGACACAUCCAAUCGAUUCUUAUUUUGAAAUAAACUCAGAGCGGCUAAUUCUCCAUAAAAGCAAAAUUUAAUAUUAAUAUAAAGGGCUUUAGUAAGCUACAUGUAAUGGUUCUCCAUUUAUGUGCACACGUUUCGCUUUUAUUCAACAAUGUAAUUUAAUGCGCCUGAGCUGCCCGUUACACGUACUUGACAACAUAUAAUAAAAUAUUAUAGAGUAUAUACAUAUUUACAUUAUGUGCACCUGCAGCUAUCUUUUUUUUAACAACAAAAAUUACACGAUAACCGACAAGGACCUAACAAUUUUCAUUGCACAUGAGUUUGAAAAAAAAAUUGUCGAAAGGAUACAUGUACAGUUGAACCUGUCUUUGACAGUUUGAGUUGAAUAAUAAACUGGAAUCAAAUUCUAUACCAUGAGUAGAACCAUGAACGCAUAAUACAAUCCAGUGACAAAGCAAACAGUGAUGCUUUCAGUUUGAUUCAAUUAUAUAGAAAAGCUUAAAACAUAUUUAAGAAUUAUCUAUUUAUAUAUUAUGUAACUUUGUAACAUGUCCAAGUGCUAGAAAGUAAAUAAAGCAUAUGUUUUCACAAAUUAAUAAGCAAUUUUGCUUGCUCGAUAUGAAA